UAAUCAAGCAUGCGCUCAUCGAUCCACAACGAAACCAUAGUAACAUAGCUGAAACACAAAGAUCAAAACAAUCGAGAAAAGAAGCGUAUCGUUUUCUACCAACGAUUUGCGUAAUUAUUUCCUCGUAAAAUCGUCAGAAAUAAUUCAAGGAAAACGGAUGUUCAUCGUUGAACAAUGGAUAUUAGAGACAGCAGUGAUGAGGAAGAGAUACGUAAUAUUUCCUCUUUCACGAAAUUCGACGAGAGUAUCGAUGUACAAAAUGCCGAAGAGAUACAGAGUCCAGUGAUACGUAGACCUUCCAGUUCGAGAAGACCCAGACCAUAUCCGAUUAACGAGGCUCGAAGCUCCAUAGAGAUAAAUUCACCUCGUGAAAAAUAUAAUUUUCGAAGAUAUUCUGAUAAUGAUAAUGACUUUGGGAAGGCCAUGGGAAUUCAUAGUGAUCCAUCAGACAGCGAAGAGAGUGAUGAUGAUGAUAUCCAAGGAACGAUAAACGCUCAACAGAUUGAACUUUAUAAUCCUAAGGAUUUCGAAGAUUUAAAAGUCUCUACAGAGGUGAAAGAAUUAUUUCAAAACAUAAUGAGAUACACUCCACAAAAGAUAGAGCUGAAUUAUAAGCUCAUACCAUUUAUUCCCGAUUAUAUACCAGCCGUGGGUGAUAUAGAUGCCUUCAUAAAAAUCCCACGACCAGACGGUAUAGAGGAUAAAAUCGGUUUAAUAGUUUUGGACGAGCCCUGUACCAAUCAAUCCGAUCCAGCUGUUCUUCAUCUUCAAUUGCGUAGCCAUUUACGAAGCGCCGGUGUGGCAAGGCAAACAGUGAUUAAAAGAAUCGAAGAUGCCGAGAAAAACGGGAAGUCGAUCGAGAAGUGGAUAGAAGAUAUAGAUCAGCUUCACAGAAGCAAACAUCCGCCUGCCGUUCAUUUAACCAAACCUAUGCCAGAGAUCGACUCGUUACUUCAACAAUGGCCACCGGAAGUCGAAGAGAAGUUUAACGAAGCCGAAUUGGACUUCACGGAAUUAGAUUGCGAAUUACCAGAACUCGUCGAUAUUGUUUGCAAUCUUCUAGAUAUUCCAUCCGAGGAAGAUUCAAGAUUAGAGUCGUUGCAUACACUCUUCAUGCUUUAUUUGGAUGUUCGAAAUGCUAGAGCUCAAAAAUAUUAAUUAGAAAUAAAAAUCAUUUUGAUCCAAAAAAAAAAAAUAUCAGAAAAAAUAUUGGAGAAAUACAAUAAUAAUAAGAAAUGUUAAAAUUAUUUCCAAAAAUAUGAGAAUAUUUAUUGAAGAUAAAUGAUUACAAUUAUUUUAGAAUCUCUUUUCCAAAAAGAAAGCUUGCAAUUAAUUACACUUUCUUAUUCUUAUAGAAAUAAGAAAUAAUAAUUAUUCUAAAUAGAUUGCUUAUAUAGCAAUCUAAUCGUUAUUUUGAUUUUACAAAAUAAUGUAAUAAUUAUAUUAGAAGUGAAGAAUAUAAUAAAUAUAAAAGAUGAGUUUAUUUUUUUAUAAUAUAAAUAUUAUAAAAAAAUUACAUCCAUUUACCGUUUUAGAUAAUAUAAUCAGAGACCAAUAAUUCUUAUUAAAUGAGACAUAACAUCAAAAAAAAUAUUCCAAUCAGAAUAAUAUAGAUUAUAUAAUACAUAAGCAAUAUAAAUUAUAUAAUAUCAAAAGAAAAUAUUUAUAAAAUUAAUUCAUUAAGUAAAAAAGAAAUGUUUAUCGCAAUUUUUUCAUAAAUUUAAAAAAAAACAUUUUUAACAUCUCACAAGAUCUCAUUAGUAUUAUCUUCAUAUAUUCUAAUUACUCAUAUGCAUAAUCAUUUUUUUUUUUUCAUUUAUAGAACAAUAUAUUUUUUUUUCAUUUUUAAUUUCAAUAAAAAAAACUUUAAUGUAUUACACGUCAUUAUAUUAUUUUAUGAUAUUCUUGAGUGUUUGCGCAUUUAGAUAUCAGAAUAAUCAAAAUAAUGAUAAUAUAUUUCCUGAAUUGUUAGUAUUUCCCAAUCGUUUUAUUUUUUUAUGAAUUUUUUUUUAAAUCAUAAAAAAUAAAAAAGAAAAAGAAUUUUUCCAUGUAUAAAAUGUACAUAAUUCUUAUUCCAAUAUUCUUAUUGAUUGACUAAAAGAGAGCUUCUAUUUAAUAACUAAAGCAAUUUUUGAACAAUAAAAAUAUAUCAUAAGUUGAGCACCACUUUCAUUGAACAUGAAUCAUAGUAUUAUUAAUCACGUGAUUGUCAAUAUGCAUUUUCCUUUCCUUGUGUGAGUUCAGUAUGCGGUAACAUUGAACCACAACAAAGUAGUAACUAUGCUUGUAAUCAAUGACUUGAUUUUUUUUUAUAAUCUUUAAAAUAUGAUCGUAGUGGUAAUGUUUUAAAAAUGAUGGAUACUCCAACGCAUAUAAACGUGUCAAUAAACAACAGCAACGAUGACAGUGUUGAUAAUUGUGUAAAUGAUUGUGAAAAUGAUAGAGAAAAAUUAUUAAAACCAAGAAAUAAUUUUGCAUCAUACUCGAAUGAAGAUGUUAAUAUUAGAUUUCGGAAAGAUGUAAUAAUUUAAUAAUAAUUUAUAUAUUAUAUUUUUAAAAUUUUGUCCUUAUGUUUUUUUUUUUUUUAAUAUAAUAAGAUAACCUAAUACUUGUCUAAUUAGUUAUUUAUUUUUUAUAACAUUGAUAAAAAAAAUUCUUUUAUAUAAAAAUAAAAUAUUAUAUUAAUUUAAAA